AUGAACAAUGUCGCUCAAAUGGCACUUAGUAAUAAAGGGGGAUUAAGAUUACCACCAUUACCAACCAUUCGAGAUUUAGUAAAACUUUAUAAAUUAAGAGCAAUAAAGCAAUUGAGUCAAAAUUUUUUAAUGGAUGAACGUUUAACAGAUAAAAUUGUAAAAGCUGCUGGCCGUAUAUCUAACAAUGAUAUUUGCCUUGAAGUUGGACCUGGUCCAGGUGGUAUUACAAGGUCUAUAAUUCGCAAACAACCUUCGAAAAUAAUAUUAGUUGAGAAAGAUCAAAGGUUCUUACCAAGUUUAGAACUUUUAAAAGAAUGUGCUGAAGAAAUAAUGAAUAUUAAAUUGGACAUUCAUCAGGGAGAUAUAUUAAAAUAUAAUAUUGAAACAGAUGUUCCUGAUGAAGAAAAACGUUUGCAUUUAAUUGGAAAUCUUCCAUUUUCUAUAUCUACGAGACUUCUAAUAAAUUGGUUAGAGGAUGUUUCUGAACGCAGAGGUGGUUUUCGACGUUUAGAUACGCAUAUGACAUUAACAUUUCAAAAAGAGGUAGCUGAAAGAAUAUGCGCUCCCUUAGGACACGAACAAAGAUGUCGAUUAUCUAUAAUUUCACAGAUUUGGACUCAACCAAUUUUGAAAUUUUUUAUUCCUGGUAAAGCUUUCGUUCCAAAACCAAAGGUUGAUGUGGGUGUAGUGAGAAUUAUACCAUUACGAGAACCUCGAACAGAUUUGCCAUUUAAAUUAGUAGAAAAAGUUACACGGCAUAUAUUUUCAAUGCGUCAAAAAUAUUGUAGGCGUGGAUUUAGUACAUUAUUUCCCGAAGAUAUUCGUGAAGAGACAACAAAAAAUUUAUUUGAAUUAGCAGACGUUGAUCCAUUGCUAAGACCGUUUCAACUUUCAGUAGAAGAAGUUCUUAGAUUAUCACAAGUAUAUUCAGAACACAUAAAAUCCUAUCCUGAAUUAUCCCUUUAUGAUUACAGAGGUCCAAAAAAUAUGAGCUCUAUUGCAGAAAAUAAUGAUAUAUAAAUUAUAUUUUGUUUGUUAGUGAAUUUUUUGAAUUAAACUGUGUUACUACUUUAUGAAAUUGAUGGAUGAAUAAAUAUUAAUUAUACAA